AUGAAAGUAGAAGACUCAUUUGAAGGGAGCGCAGACCUUCCCCCUGAUAACGAGACCGACAUCAAAUUGUGUCCAGAAGGAAAAUACUUCUCCCACCAGAUUUGCUUAGAGUGUUCCCCCGGUCAUUUUUGUCCUGGCAAUGUAUCUGCACCUCAUAGAUGUCCAGUAGGAACAUUCAACCCAUACACAGGGAGAAGUAGUAUUAGUGACUGCAAGCCAUGUUUCCCUGGUCUGAUCAGUUCUGAAGACAGAGUGGACUGUAGUCUGUGUCCGGCAGGUUUCACAUGUGAUCCCACCCUAGGGACCCUCUCCUUAUGCCCCCCAGGGCAGCAUUCUCCUGAGGGAGUCUUACAAUGUCUGACAUGCCCUGUAGACUCUAUCUGCACCUCUGGCUUUCCUUUGAAGUGUGGGCCUGGCAAGGAGCCCAGCGCAGAUCAAACUGUGUGUAAUGAGUGUUCCCCAGGCUUCUAUUCCACUAUGUGUACUAUCCAGUGUCUGCAGUGUCCAGAAGGAAGUUACUGUCCAGACAGUGGUAUGUCCCAGCCGCUCCCCUGUCCACCUGGUUGGUCUUCCACACCUGCACAGACUCACUGCCUUAGCUGUAAUGAUACGUCUUCGCUGUGUGGGGAAGCUGUGGCCCCCCGCUGUAGCCAGCCGGUCCACAGGUCCAGUCAAACGAUCACCUGUCGACCAGGAACGUACAAAGACACAAAGGAAGAGUCGGCAUGUGUGGGUUGUCCAGUCGGUUAUUACUGUGUGGGAGGUGCAGCUGUACCCUGCCCUGCAGGGACUUAUGGCCCUAAAGAAGGUCUGCAGAGGCUGACCGACUGUGCAAUCUGUCAUGCAGGUUGAGUAUCAACAUAGGAAACUCUCUGUAUUGUUGUUCUCACAGUUACACGUCCAAAUGCUGUAAUAUAUGCAAUCAUAUCAGUGGGUAUACCUAUAAAAAUACCAAAUAAAUGGAGGUUUCUCCAGUACUAUUGGCCAAUGUAGCUUUAGCUUAUAAUUUAUACUAUGCUCUAAAAACUGAACUUAUCUAUAAGUACCUUUCUCUAGGGUUCUACUGUCUGGAAGGCAGCUCCCAGAGACCCACCUCCCAGUUCCUGUGCCCACAGGGCUAUUACUGUGAGGAGGGCACCGCCACCCCUCACGAGUCACCUUGCCCUGCUGGUACAGCGGGGGAACAACUGGGCCAGACAAGUAGGGCAGCUUGCAAGAGAUGUAGAGAGGGACGCUUCUGUCCCGCAGGAUCAUCUGCGCCAGGCUUUCCAUGUGCACGGGGGAGAUACUGUCCUGCUGGUACCUUGGAAGAAGUGAUAUGUCCUCGAGGCACCUUCACCCCUCAUCAAGGAGCA